CGAGAACACCGAGGUUUGGAGGGUUGUUACACCCUCUUUCCCUCUUGAGAUUGGUGGCAGGAAAAUAUUAAGUAGAGGAGGGGCACAGUAAAGUGCCAAGAGCUCUGGCACUCAUUGCCUAGAUCCUCUUGAGGGUGGAAUGAGCGGUUGAAACCCUCAUGCCUACCUUGCAGAUGGACAGACUGAGGAUCGGAGAGACUGAGGUGGCCUGGGGGCUGUCAGGUAGGCAGCGCCUCCCCGCUCCUGGCAGCAGGUCCCCGUGGGCUGAAACACCAGCCUCCACCUGCCACUGAUUGACUUCUUUCUUUUUCAGCGGGCCCAAGACCCUGCAAAUUGAGUUCUCUGUGUUUUUGGGUGUCAGAAACUUCACUGAGCGCGGCACUGCUGCGGGGCAGGAGAAAGAGCUGACCUGUCCUGGACGCAGCAUAACUAACGAAGCUGCUGCAGGAUGAGAAGAUGGCAGCGCGGCUGCUCGCACCACCAGGCCCUGAUAGUUUCAAGCCUUUCACCCCUGAGUCGCUGGCAAACAUUGAAAGGCGCAUUGCUGAGAGCAAGCUCAAGAAACCACCAAAGGCCGAUGGCAGUCAUCGGGAGGACGAUGAGGACAGCAAGCCCAAGCCAAACAGUGACCUGGAAGCAGGGAAGAGUUUGCCUUUCAUCUACGGGGACAUCCCCCAAGGCCUGGUUGCAGUUCCCCUGGAGGACUUUGACCCAUACUAUUUGACGCAGAAAACCUUUGUAGUAUUAAACAGAGGGAAAACUCUCUUCAGAUUUAGUGCCACGCCUGCCUUGUAUAUUUUAAGUCCUUUUAACCUGAUAAGAAGAAUAGCUAUUAAAAUUUUGAUACAUUCAGUAUUUAGCAUGAUCAUUAUGUGCACUAUUUUGACCAACUGUGUAUUCAUGACUUUUAGUAACCCUCCUGACUGGUCGAAGAAUGUGGAGUACACGUUCACAGGGAUUUAUACAUUUGAAUCACUAGUGAAAAUCAUUGCAAGAGGUUUCUGCAUAGAUGGCUUUACCUUUCUACGGGAUCCGUGGAACUGGUUAGAUUUCAGUGUCAUCAUGAUGGCAUAUGUGACAGAGUUUGUGGACCUGGGCAAUGUCUCAGCGCUGAGAACAUUCAGGGUUCUCCGAGCUUUGAAAACUAUCUCUGUAAUUCCAGGUCUGAAGACAAUUGUGGGUGCCCUGAUUCAGUCUGUGAAGAAACUGUCAGAUGUGAUGAUCCUGACAGUGUUCUGCCUGAGUGUUUUUGCCUUGAUUGGACUGCAGCUGUUCAUGGGGAACCUUCGAAACAAGUGUGUUGUGUGGCCCAUAAACUUCAAUGAGAGCUAUCUUGAAAAUGGCACCAAAGGAUUUGAUUGGGAAGAGUAUAUCAACAAUAAAACAAAUUUCUACACAGUUCCUGGCAUGCUAGAACCUUUACUCUGUGGGAACAGUUCUGAUGCUGGGCAAUGUCCAGAGGGAUACCAGUGUAUGAAAGCAGGAAGGAACCCCAACUAUGGUUACACAAGCUUUGACACUUUUAGCUGGGCCUUCUUGGCAUUAUUUCGCCUUAUGACCCAGGACUAUUGGGAAAACUUGUAUCAGCUGGUUGUACAGAUAAAAAUAAGGUCAGUAACAUUCUGUCGGGCUUCAUUGGUGACUCUGGACAAGUCAUUUAACUUUGCUGGUUGUAAUGAAGUCAGUGUAACUAUUUGCUAA